AUGGCGUCGCCGCGCGCUUGGCACCGCCGGCUCAUGGGCGCACCGGCGUCGUCGUCCCCGGCGCCGUCGGGCGACGGCGAGGCGGCUGCGGGGCGCGGGUCGAGCCAGGAGGCGAUGAAGAUAAUGGUGUCCGUGCUGGUGGUGGUCAUCUUCUGCACGCUCUUCUACUGCAUCUACUGCUGGCGCUGGCGGAAGCGCAACGCCGUGAGGAGAUCGCUGCUCCAGAGCCUGAGGCCGAUGUCGAGCUCGGACCUGCCGCUCAUGGACCUCGCCUCCAUCCACGCCGCCACCGACAACUUUUCCAAGGCCAACAAGCUCGGCGAGGGCGGCUUCGGCCCUGUCUACAGAGAUCGCGGUGAAGCGGCUGUCGGCGCGGUCGCGGCAGGGCGCGGCGGAGUUCCGGAACGAGGUGGAGCUGAUCGCCAAGCUGCAGCACCGCAACCUGGUGCGGCUGCUGGGCUGGUGCGCCGAGCGCGACGAGAAGCUGCUGGUGUACGAGUACCUCCCCAACCGCAGCCUCGACGCCUUCCUCUUCGACGCAAGCAAGAGCGCGCAGCUGGACUGGAAAACCCGGCACAGCAUCAUCCUGGGCAUCGCCCGCGGGCUGCUCUACCUGCACGAGGACUCGCUGCUCAAGGUCGUCCACCGGGACCUCAAGGCCAGCAACGUGCUCCUCGACAACAAGAUGAGGCCCAAGAUCUCCGACUUCGGCAUGGCCAAGAUCUUCGAGGACGAGUGCAUCGAGGUUAA